CUUUUAAGGGGUGCCACAUGGGCAGAAAUAUUCCCCACCAAUCAUUCUGCCAGGUCAUCGCGGACUGGGCUUAGAAUAAAAAAUUUAAGUUAACCUUCCCAGAGCAUUUAAACCAUUUCGUAGCCCAACUUAAAUCUUCUCUUGACUCACAACGCAGCAGGAACUCAUCUCAGCGAGACAGUGAAACAAACCCUAAUUUUUCAAGAUGGGGCGUAUGCAUUCUAGAGGAAAGGGUAUCUCCGCAUCUGCGUUGCCGUACAAGCGCUCACCUCCGACAUGGCUCAAGACCACAGCCCUCGAUGUUGAUGAGUCAAUCUGCAAGUUUGCGAAGAAGGGUUUGACACCGUCUCAGAUUGGUGUGAUUAUUCGUGACUCUCAUGGUAUCCCUCAGGUGAAGAGUGUUACCGGAAACAAGAUCUUGCGUAUUCUCAAAGCUCACGGUCUUGCACCUGAGAUUCCUGAGGAUCUGUACCAUUUGAUCAAGAAGGCAGUUGCUAUCCGCAAGCACUUGGAGAGGAACAGGAAGUAGUGAUGGAUCUAUGAGACGUGGUCAGGUAUGUGAGGUUGAUGGAUGGCGAGAAAACUGAUGUCCAGGCUUUUGAAUUAACAUCUGAAAUUAGCACCGUUCAGUUCACUAAGUUAUUGUUGGGUAAGCAAAGGGAAUCGAAAACACUUUUAGCGGUGAAAGCCAGAAUAUUCAACGAAUCAUGGUAAACCUAAGCAUAGAGAGGCACACCACUUACGUCCUUGCCACCAACUUCGAUGAGAACUGACGAGCCUAAUGUCAUUGUUGGUUAGUGGCCGGCUCUUCGUAAAUGAUACUUAAGGAACUUAUUUAUUCUGACAAACAGUGUCUUGCUAGCCAUAUAUUCCUCGAUGCGUUAGCAUAUAUACAACUCCCGUUUCAACUCUCAAGAUAACUCAACUCUCAAGUUAACGUAUCUGAGUUUUCAGUCUUAGCCCACUUAACAUUAUGCAGGGAAUGUGUUAAGGACAUCGGUUCUUCCUCAGCCUCAACCAAUUAUGGAGGUGUCCAGAAACUCGAAUACGUCACAGAUGCGGAGUUUAAUGCAUAUGUUCUGAGGCACAGGUCUGGAACACAACAUGUACGGCUGUACCCUCUUAAACAGGUCUAACAUGUAACUUAGACGAAUUAGCUUUGUACAAAAACCCAAAACAUACAAUGUAACUGUUAAAAGUGAAUGAUUUUGUUGGAACGUUUUAGCCCAUGUGAUCGUAAUAGAGACUGCAGGCUUUUUAUUUUUGU